CCCUGGGCGCAGCUGGGGCCGGGCUGGGGGCCGAGCCGAGCUGUGCCCGGGGCCGUGCGGGGCUGGGCACCGAGCUGCGGGGCUGGGCACAGAACUGCGGGGCUGGGCACCGAGCUGCGGGGCUGGGCGGCGACGGCGCCCGCCCGGCUGCUGCUGGGGGUGAUAAGCGGCUGCGGGCGGUGGGCAGGCACCGCGCCUUCCUCCUCCUCCUCCUCCUCCUCUCCUCCUCCUCCUCCGCCUGACGUCAGCCCGCGGCCCCGCUCAGUCUCGGGCGGCCGGCGGCGGGCAUGGCUGGGGGGCGGCGGCCGGCGGGGCUGGCCCUGGGCUGGGGCUGCUGCCUGCUGCUGUGCUGCGCUGCAGCCAGCAAGCUAGAGAUCUCCAUGCCACCUGUGGUGGAAGUGGAGAUGGGGGGCACAGCCAGGAUCGAGUGCAACUUCUACAUCCCUGAGAAUGCUUCCUACACCUACAUCGACUGGUUCUACGUGGACCGCAGCAACAGGCAGGUGAGGCUGUACCACGUCACAGCCAACGGCGUCCUGCAGGACGACACGGACUACAAGGAGCGCCUGUCACUGGGGCAGGACAAGGCCCUGUCCCUCAGCGCAGUGACGCUGCAGGACGCCAGGAUCUUCAUGUGCCAGGUCGGGGCUGGCAGCUACGGCGUGGGAGAGAACAGCACCCAGCUCAGCGUCUACAAGGUCCCCAGCACCCCUGAGAUUGAGCCGCACUCAGGAGGCAUCUCCGUGCACAGCAGUGAAAUCCCAGAGAUCGCCAAGUGCGUGAGCAAAAACAGCUUCCCACCCCCCAACAUCACCUGGCACAAGAACGGGCAGCAGCUGCACGCCCAGGAGAACCAGGUGACGAUGCCGUCGACGCUGACGCGCGAGUCCAGCGGGCUGUACACGGUGAGCAGCGCGCUGUACGCGCCCGUCACGCGCCAGGACCGCCACUCCCGCUACCACUGCACCGUGCACUACUGGCUGCAGGGACAGCGGCGUGCCCUGGACUCGCGGGGGGUCACCGUCAACAUCUUCUACCCCGCCGAGCACUUGAAGCUGCAGGUGGUGCCGUCCUCGACGCUGGUGAAGGAAGGGGACAAUGUGACGCUGGUUUGCGAGGCUGAUGGGAACCCACAGCCCGUCUUCAGCUUCUUUAAGAAAAAUCUGGAUGAGUGGCAGGACCUGACGUCGCUGGCAGAGCCCGACACCGGCGUCCUGAAGCUGCACGAUGUGGACAAGAGCAGCAAUGGCACGUACAGGUGCCAGUCCCUGGACCUGGAUGACAUGUCCCAGAUAGAGGAGGAAGUGGAUCUUGUUGUGAACUACAUUGAAGGGGUCCGUGUGAAGAUGGAGCCGUCCUCCACCCUCCGUGAAGGGGACAGUGUGACACUGAGCUGUGACGCCCACAGCCCCGUGGGCCUGAAAUACCAGUGGAGGGAUGAGGAGGGCACGAAGCUGGGGGACGGGAACCAGCUCUUCCUGAGCAACCUCACCUUCGAAACCUCCAAAAACUUCAGCUGCAAGGUGAUGGCCCCGAGCGUGCCAGGGCUGGAGCAGAGCAAGAAGGUGUUCGUGGCUGUCGAGGGGAAGCCGCGGAUCGUGGCCAUCAGCUCCCCGCUCCACGUGCGCCAGGACGAGCUGGUGAACCUGACCUGCAAGGCCAUCGCCUUCCCCCCGCCCACCCUCCAGUGGAGCAUCAACGGCACGGCCCACGAGUACGCGGACAAGCAGCACAUCGCCAGCAACCUGACGGUGCGGGUGAGCCACGAGCUGCUGCGGGCGGGAGCCAUGUGCCGGGUGUCCAACAGGCUGGGCGUCAGUGAGAAGCACAUCCAGCUGGUGGUGGAUGAUUCCAUCAGGAAAGAUCAAAAGCCAACAGCAGAGAGCCAAGGGGUGAUCAUCGUGGCCAUCAUCGUGGCCAUCCUCGUGGUGGCCGUGCUGGGCGCUGUCAUCUACUUCCUGCACAAGAAAGGCAAGAUCCCGUGUGGCCGUGCCGGGAAGCAGGACAUCACAAAGCCAGAGGCCCGUAAAGACAAGAUUGUAGUUGAAGUUAAGUCAGAUAAACUUUCCGAAGAGGCGGGGCUCCUGCAGGGCGCCAACGGCGAGAAGAGAGCCGCGGCUGACCAGAGCGAGAAAUACAUCGAUCUGAGAAACUAGAGAGCAAACCUACUAAGUGCUUUCUUCCUUCCAACCUUUCCUGCUCUUGGAUUGCCUUCUCCCACCCCUGCUGCAGCCCCUGGGGAGCACGGCCAGAGGCCAGCCGAGUGUCACCGCGCUGGGGCCACCUCCCUGGCUCUCCUGGCCAUUACCUCAGCCCUGGGCUCGCAGGUGUUGCCUUAGCAGCAAAGCUGGACUCGCUUUACUACUCCAGAGAAGCCACAGCAAUAUUAGGAAGAAUUAUAUCCCGUUAAUCCCUACUUGGUGGAAGGAUUUGAGGUUCUUUCAGGUAAUCUGUUCUGUACACGUCGUGGGAAGGUUCCGACGCAUUCUUUUUUACCCUGACCUUGCUCAGAGAGGCUGGUGAAAUUUGGGGUUGGGGAUGUCUGAGGCACCUUAGCUGUAGGGGGUGCAGGUUGGAGGAGAGAGGAGAGGCAGGGGGGUGUGUUGGAGAGAGGUUUGCAGCUCCUCAGAGGCUCUGAGUGCUUUGCUUUGUCUUUGAACCGUCCCUGGUCAGUUGAUCCCACAGGAGGAGAGGGCCUGGCAGAGCAAGGCAGGGUGCCAGUCCCCAGGAAGGUUUGAGGGUCUCUGCUUUGGGGCUGUGCUGACCCCAGGGGCAGGGCUGUCUCUCCCCUCUGAAUUUGGUUGUUGUAGGGAUGCUGCAGCAGCAGGACCCGGAGCUCCCACAGAUUGAAAUUCAAACUUGGCCAGGGCCAGUCAGUGACGUCUCAGGGUUUUUUUGUGCUCAGCCAUUGCCAGCCCCAGGUCCAGCUCCUCUCUGAGCUUCGCUGCCCCCCCUGGCCCCGCGGGGAGGGGAGAAGGGCAAGAACUGCCGGGAGCUUCUGUGCCAGCCCUGCCCUGCCCCGUGCCAGAGGGCCCAGCCCCUGCUGCCCCUCAGUGCCACCCUCUGAGCUCUGCUGCCCACAAGGCUUCGUCCCCUGGGUGUCACACAGGAGCCGUCCCCUCCUGCUGCACGUGGUGUCCCAGCAAAAGCUUUGGUUUAUAUAUAUUUGUGUUGGAUUGUGUGUACAUUUCCAGGAGUUUUAUUUCCUUUUUUUUUUUUUUUCUCCUUGUUGUUGUCCGAUACUUGCGAGGUUUUUUUUUUUUAUAUAUGUGAAAAUAAAGUACGGAUUCAAAGCUGAGUGCUGGAGUUUGUUCCCACAGACAGAAGGGUGGGAAGGGCAUUCCAUAAUCCCAUGGAGCUUCCAAGAGGAUCCAUUUAUGCCCCUGUGGCUGCUAAUAAUACACUAAUUAAUAUCAGUGCUAAUAAAUCUGUCCAUAACAACAACAACAACAACAAUAA